AUGGCUUACACUCUGGCCCUCAUAUUGAUCGGCGCUUUCGCGUUAUACACUGUCGUGAAAACAUAUCUCGACUAUCGCAAGCUAAGCCACUUCAAGGGACCUCCGCUGGCCGCCUUUACAAGUCUGUGGAUGGUAAAACAGGCCAUCACGGCCAAUAUGAAUGUGGCACAAAAGGAGGCUUUGCGAAAAUAUGGAUCUCCGGCACGGAUUAGUCCUAAAUUGCUUGUUACAGACGACCCAGAGUUAUUGAGGCAUAUGAGUGCCCCAAGGUCCAAAUGGACGCGCAGUUCUUGGUACGAAGGCAUGAAAUUAGAUGCCCGAGUAAACAAUAUCUUUUGCGAACGCGAUGAGCGUAAGCACGCGGACAUGAGAGCCAAAAUGAUCGGGGCUUAUUCUGGGAAAGAAAUCGACACGUUGGAACCCGACAUUGACGAGAAUCUGCAACGACUACUGGCUUUAAUCAAACGAGAGUACAAUGGCAAACCUCUCGACAUGGCGCUCCUGGCCUCAUUUUUCACUCUGGAUGUCCUCAGCCAGAUAGCAUUCGGAGACCCGUUUGGCUUUGUUGAAGCCAAUGAAGAUCUCUUCAAUUUCAACAAAAUUGCAAACCAGUUCUUUGCGGUGAUAGAGUUGAUCGUCAACCACGACACUCUACGAAACAUCAUCCAAAGUAGGCCAAUGCAGAAAUUGCUCGCGCCGAAAGGAACGGAUGAAUUUGGUCAAGGACGCAUCAUCGGUAUCGCGCAAAAGGCAGUGGCAGAACGCUAUCGCCCUGGUGCCAAGGUAAAGCGAGACAUGCUCGGACACUUUAUCGCAAAGGGACUCAGCCAGACUCAAGCGGAAGCUGAGUCCCAUCUCCAAAUCAUUGCUGGCUCCGAUUCUACAUCGGGCACCUUACGAAUCACAAUGAUGAUGCUGGUGGGCAACACAGUGGCAUAUCGGAAAUUGGUAUCCGAGAUUGAUAACGCCGUCGCCGCGGGAAAAAUCUCCUUUCCCAUCGUCCAAAAUUCGGAGGCGGCUGAAUUGGAAUACCUCCAGGCCUGUAUCUGGGAAGGUCUCAGAUUAUUCCCUCCCCUGUUCGGUCUUAAGAGCAAACUGGCCCCUCCCGAAGGCGACACUAUAAACGGAGUCUUUUAUCCUCCGGGUACAGAAGUGGCGCUGUGUGAUGAAGCGUUUGGGCGCAGAAAAGACAUAUUUGGCCCCGAUGCAGAUGUCUACAGACCAGACCGAUGGCUGCAUCCUGACCCGGAUGUCAGGGCAAGAUAUUUGAGGCACACGGAACUAAUCUUUGGCAGCGGAAGGUAUGUCUGCUUGGGAAAGACUAUUGCAAUGAUGGAGAUGAGCAAAGCCAUUUUCGAGGUAAAUCGAGCGACAUUGCAAAUUUCAUAUCUGAAGUAUACUGACUUUUCACAACCCAGCUGGUAA